ACUAGCAAGAGCAGACUAUCGAGCUGAACGGCUCUAAACACUGUCCCUGAGUUCCGAAUUCAUCUGCUCAGAUACGUUCUCACCCCACUUGCUGCGUCGGAGCAUCGCUUGGGCGUAGACAACCCCCACAAGUGCUGUACAGCAGGGAUAGCAUGAGUGCCUGGUUCGGCAGCAGCAGCACCCCACGGGUCGCGCAAGACCCGCAACCGCCACCCGAAAGCGACGCGCCGACGCACCCGAACGAACCAGCCUGGGAGCUCGUGGAGGCCCUCGAGGCGCGCGUGAAACAGCACGACGGCGCGACGCCCUUCGUGACGCUGAGCUGGGCCCAAGGCUUAGAUGGCAGCAUGGCCCAUGCUAGUAAGGAUGACCCGCGGCUGAUGCUGAGCGGGUCGGAGUCCAUGGCGUUCACUCAUGGUUUAAGAAAAGCCCACACGGCUAUAAUGGUAGGACGGGGCACGAUUUCGGGAGACGACCCUAGAUUAAGCGUGAGGAUGGACAUCGACGGCAAAGAAAUCCAGGUCGAGGAGCAGCCCGCCGCUAUCAUACUAGACGGUUCUCUGAGUACACCACCCUCUUCAAAAAUCGUGAGCCAAGCGAAAAUGAGACGCGUCAUUAUACUAACAAGAGGGGACUCCGAUACCAUGUGCGACUUCCAGGAGAAGCCCCCAAAAACGUGGUCCAUGGCGAAGAUCCAGCGGGGCGCGGCGUUGUCGUGUCGCGGUGCAAAAGUCAUGUGCCUGCCUUCCACCUCUCUGGAAGACAUUCUCAAGGCGCUGAAAACGCUUGAUAUACAUUCAGUCUUCGUCGAGGGUGGUGUUAGUGUUGUGGACGCGUUCCUCAGACGACCAGAUCUCGUCGAUCAGGUCGUCGUGACGGUGGCGCCGCUGUUCGUGGGUGGGCGGCGGCCACCGAAGGGACCGUUAGAAGCGCCGCUGCGACUAUCAAAUGUCGAGACUUUGACAUUGGGCGACGACGUCGUCGUGUCAGGUCAAAUGCCUUCAGCCGUCGACUUCGCGAACGUCGCGCCCGAAUUUGCUGAUAGAGGCGAGCUGAGCGACGUGACGCAGGACGAGGAUGAUGAUGAGGAUUUGACAGAAUUCGAGCGCCUGGCCCGGAAGCACGCCGACGCGAAAAGAUUAAGGGAGGAGCGCGCCGAGCGGGAUCGGUUAUCGAAGGAGCACGGGCUGGCGCCGGACGAUCCCCUGAUUACGCAGGCCAUCGAGGAAGCGCGGGCGCUGGAUGAAACCUAACAAUUUUGUACUUAUA